AUCACGAAAUCGGUGCGACAUGCUCGCGUUUCAGCAUUUAUAGUCUGGGUGUCUUCGGGCGCUUAGCUCAGGCGCCACCACAGCCUGUCUGAGAUGAUCAGGUCGCCAUCGGGACAUCCAGGAAUGAUAUAAUCGCCUCUGCAGUGUAUGGCGGUCCUCCGUUGCCCCGUUCGUUUCCUCGACUUCCAUCAUCUCAUGGACAUCCAAGGCUCGUAUGCUGACCUUCCACCUGCGCAUACUAGCAUCGGUGCACGACCGAACACGACUACAGACCUGGCACGCACACCUGCUUCUGGAUAUGUUGCUACCUCAGUGGGACUGUCACCGCUGAUCACCUCUCUCCUACCCUCGACUGCUGCUGUUCAAGAUGGACUCAAACUGGCCGUUCUAGGCGCCAUCCUUGAGACGCUGAGGCGAAAUGUGUCUACUCUAUGGAAGUAUGUCACAGACUCCCUUUUCUUCACUGCUAAGAUCCACGAAAACGACGAGAGCUUUGGUUCGUUGGCGUGUGUUCGCAUAUGAUGACUAGGGAGACUAAACCUUCGCUUCUUAUUACAGAGUGGUUGAUGUCAUGGCUGUCGAAUCAACCAGCUUUGCGGAAGGCUCAGAAUGUUUCCAUCUGGACCCAGCCACCCUUCGAUCUCGCGGGAAUUCCCCCACACAUGUACAUGGAGGCCGGCUUUCCGGGCAACACGCGGCGAGAGAAAGACAUAACCCUACAAAUGGUCCCCUCGGUCGCGGAGGUCUACACUCUAUGGCACAGAGGGCGAUGGCUCCAGGCUUCUCGCAUUGUCGAUACCAACACUGUCUACACGGGGCACGCAGAGCAGAUCCUUUCGCUAAGGAUGAUGACUUGGAAUCGGAAGAUGCUGCGUAGCUUGAUCCAGGAAGCAAGAGAGGCCCACGAUAUUGCCUCGGACAAUGUCAUUAAUGUUUAUGUCUUUGAGACAGGGAGACACAUGUACUCCAUGCCGUGGAGGAGGCUUGCUACGCGGCCGAAGCGUCCAAUACAGUCCAUCAUCUUGGACCAUGGAAUUCAGAAGCUAAUCCUUGAAGACGCGAAAGACUUCCUGCAAAGCAAGGCCUGGUAUACCGAAAGAGGGAUUCCGUUCCGUCGGGGAUAUCUAUUACAUGGUGUUCCCGGCUCUGGGAAGACGUCACUCAUCCACAGCAUUGCGGGCGAGCUCGAUUUGAACGUCUACCUCAUCUCCCUCUCCCGCGCCGGCAUGGAUGACACGAUGCUCACCGAGUCCAUCGCGGGCCUGCCCGAGCAAUGCAUCGCGCUCAUGGAAGACAUCGACGUCGCCUUCCACCACGGUGUCACGCGCGACUCUGACUCGUCCGACUCCAGCUCCUCCCUGAAUUCCUCUUCGCCAGACAGUCAAAGUCAGACUCCCGGUGCGCACAAGGACACAGGUAACAAGCAGACGAAAACGAUCGAGAGCCGCGUAUCGCUGAGCGGUCUUCUGAAUGCGCUGGACGGCAUCGGCGCGCAGGAGGGCCGCAUCCUGUUUGCGACGACGAACCGAUACUCCGCACUCGACCCUGCACUCUGCAGGCCCGGCCGCAUGGACCUGCACGUAGAGUUCCACAACGCAAGCAGGGGGCAGGCGGAGGAGCUGUUCAGACGCUUUUUCAGGCCCACCUCUGGUAAGGAAACGAGCACGGCUGACAGUGACCAAGUCAACGGAGAUGAUCUUGAUCUUGGAGCGUCGUCCUCGGAGGAAGAGUGUGAGACAAUGACUGACUUUCAACCGAAGUACUACUUGGCGAAAGAAUCUGGGAUGGAUGUUUCGAAAGAGCCGCCACCAGCGUAUGUUGGUGUGACCCAUCGCCAGCGCGCACCACAUCUCUCGCCGGAGCAGCUUGACGAACUAGCGGCUCGGUUCGCUGUCUCUAUCCCGGAACGCAAGUUCUCGAUGGCUGCGUUGCAGGGCUAUCUGAUGACUUACAAGGUCAGACCGGUUCAAGCCGUCGAGAAUAUCGCAUGUUGGGUAGCCAAGGAGCUGUCCAACAAGAAACAAGAUGUCAUAUCGUGAUCUUGAUCUUAACCUCGGCGAACGGGCUGUAUACCAUCACUAUACCCACCCACUUUCCUACAAUCAACAAUAUCAUGAACUC